AGGUACUGCAAUACAGAAAAAGUGCAAAGUUUUAUAGAAAAUGAUCCUUGAUCCCAAACAACUUCCAGUCAGUAUUAAUUCCCACACCUUAUGUACUGGACUUCUUACUCUUUUUCCUGAGCCUCUAAAGCGUCGUUUUAACAGCAGGGAUUACAGCUUCUGUUAGUGCUGAGUCAGCGCGAGACAUCAACAUGGCGGAUCUGAUACAUGAGAGUGUGAAGAGUUAUUACAGCUCUCUGGAGUCUUCAGCUGCUUUACAGACGAGUGCUGCUUGUCCUGUUGUCUCUCGGCCGCUGUCUCCGAGCGUACAGCAGGCCCUCACACACGUCCAUCCUGAGGUCUGCAAAAGGUUCUUUGGCUGUGGCCUGGUGGCUCCAGAGAAGCUGAGAGGAUGUUCGGUUCUGGAUUUAGGAAGCGGAUCAGGUCGGGACUGUUACGUCCUCAGCAAACUGGUGGGAGAAGAUGGACGUGUCACUGGCAUUGACAUGACUGAGGAUCUGAUACAGGCAUCCAGGAAAUACAUCAGAUAUCACCAGGAGCAUUUUGGCUAUGCCAAGCCGAACACUGAGUUUGUUCGUGGAUACAUGGAGAAGCUGAGUGAUGCAGGGAUACAGGACGGAGCUAUGGAUGUAGUCGUGUCGAACUGUGUGAUUUGUCUUUGUCCAGACAAACGCGCUGUUCUAAGUGAAGCUUACAAAAUACUCAAGGUCGGAGGUGAGCUUUACUUCAGUGAUAUGUACGCGAGCGAGGUCGUCCCCGAGUCUUUCAGACUGGAUCCUGUGCUUUGGGGUGAAGGAAUGGGCGGCGCCCUCUACUGGCAUGACUUCAUCUCCAUCAUGAAGGACCUGGGUUUCAGCACGCCUCGUCUGGUUGCAGCUAGCCGUAUCGACGUGCACAAUCCGGAGCUUCGAGAGAAAGCAGGUGAUAUUAAAUAUGCCUCAGGGACCUAUCGUGCCUUUAAAUUGCCCAAACACUCCAUUCAGACCACAGCGCUGGUCACAUACAAGGGGACGGUUCCAGACUGUGCCGAGUGUUUUGAGCUCGAUGCCUCAAACUCCUUUAAGGUAAAUGUGCCUGUAGAGGUGGAUGCAGAGAUGGCGGCUAUCCUCCAGUACACACGUUUCUCGCCAGACUUCAUCAUCCAGAUGACAGACAAGCCUGAUCCUAGCCUCGGCUCGGCGCAGCAGUACUGCCACCUGAGCCCGUUCAUACUGGCGGACAGACUGGGAUCCUGUAUGAAGCAGUGUUCAAAGACGGGCGUGGCUGCCGGAAGCUGCGGGUAACGAGGGAACGUUCAUGGCGUCUGCUCACGGUGGGAUUAAAAGCUCUAAACAUCUAACAGAAACACACUGGCUUCAAAAGAGGAAUCCGAGGCCUUUGUGUGUUUUGUUUAGUGAUUUUGUGUGACUGAAAAUGAUUUAUUACACAGGACCAAUUCAUAUUCAAAACAGAUAAUCCGUGUGUCAGGAUUUGAUGAUUCUAUGUAAAUCACAUUUGCGUAUUUGAAAUGACUUCAGCUGCAAAAUCAUUGAUCGAUAUUCUCGUGAAAGAAUACUAACGUAAACCUACGUCAGAAUAUUUACACAGGGAAAGUUAUUCGUAUGUGAAGCUGCUUGAGUUGAUUUUCUGAGCUCGGUGUUAAAAACGAUGCUAAUCGGCUAACAAGUGCCCGAGACGGGGGUCGGGGGAGGGGUAUGGGGAGCAGGAGGGGGAGGAGGGAGGGCGAGUGGGGGGGUUGGGGUUUAUCAGUACUGUCUAGAUGACUGCUUAAAACACAAACCUUUGCCAUUUAUAUAGAGCAAAAUGUUCUGAGAAAACGAGAACGAAAUAUUUUUUCUCUUAGAAUACGAUAUAAAAAAGCACUUAAUACAAUGAAAUCAGACUUAAAUAUUGUUUGUCACAUACGUAGAAUGCUUUUCGAUCGUCUGUGUCAUAAAAUAGAUUAAAAAUUGUUAAAAUAAAAAUGGAAAUAAAACCUGUACGAAGAAAGAGAAAUCAUAUAUUAAAUACAUCCUGAUACUUCCUGAUUUUUACACAAUCAAAUGGAUUGUAUGAAUAUUAUUAGAUUUUGAAUAUUGUUUUCUGCCACCCUUUCACGUUUUUUAAAAACUCUAUGUUUUUUUAAAUUCCAGAUAUAUUUGAGAUACAACACUGGUUUAGUCAGUGAAGGUAGAUGGACAGGGUAAUUUCUGUUUCUGCGAUUCUGUGGGAUUAGCGGCAAAAACCAAAACUAGCACACACACUUCAUCUUACUGAGUGCGACUUUCAAAUAUAUUUGUAAAAAAUAUAGAAAUAAAACAACCGAAGGGAUCGAGACGUUCUCACUCCACCCUAGAUUUAAAUUAAAUGACAGCACAUGGGGUCACGACCACUAGUUUGGGAACUUGUGUAGGAUAGUUCUAGCUGUAAUUAUCACAUUAACAUUCAUCACCGCAAAUUUGGUCUAAUUUAACAAAAUGGCUUCCACACUCAUUAUUCAGGAAUCGUUUAAAUAGAAUUUGAUCCAGGACAUUUUCUUUUUCUUUUUUUUAUAAUAUAUGAAAAGAAGUUAAAACAGCAGGCUGGAUGUAAAAUGGAUGUAAAAGACAUACAUAAAAACAUGACAUUUUUGGCUUAUUAUUAAAGAAUUAGUAUAAUAUUCUUGAAUUGAUAAAUUCUCUUGCACUGUAAAAAAAAUAUAUUGCAAAUUUUACACUAGGCUGUCUGUUAACAAAAACUACAAUAUACGACUUUAAAACGUUUGUAUAAGUCCAGUCCAUUGACUUUUCAGGGGGAAAAAACCCCGCAAAAUUAGCCAGAAUUUUUUAUUAUUUUAAAUUACUGCUUUGUAAUUUGAGCCGAGACGCUUGUGACAUCCCUCUUCCAUUCACGUGCAUCAAACAGCUAUUAAAGAAAAUAAUCGCAUAUGCGUCUUUAUUGGUUGGACUUUAACAUAAGAAUCCUGUGCAGGAAAUUUCCCCAAUUCAAGAAGUUUUCCAGAAAAAUAAAAAUGCAAAUAUUUGUGAAGAAAAUGCUAAAGAAAAAAAAAACAA